CCGCAUACCUCGCAUAGAAACACUCUCGACAUGCAACCAUCCUUUACACCAUGGGGAGUUGGGAUCUAAAAUCCGGGGAAUUUCCGCUUUAUGGGGUUGAAUGAACACAAGUCUCCUCUCCUCUCUGUCCCUGAAUGUGCCUGAGGUUCUGAGCAUCAAUCGGCACUUCAACCCCAUCAGAUAGCGUCAUGGCGACAUUCUCUUACUAUCCUCUAUCUACAGGAUGGAACUUCAAAGAUAGCGACGACCAGUCGCCUGAAGCUUGGAUGCCGGUACCUGUUGUUCCUUCUGUUGCCCAUCAGGAUCUGCAAGCCAAUCAGAAGCUGAAGAACCCAUACGUCGGGUUCAAUGAGCUUGAUGCAAGAUGGGUCAACGAAAAGUCGUGGACCUACCGAACCGUGUUCCAGAAGCCUGUCAUCCCCGCUGGGGCAUCCGUUGUCUUGGCAUUUGACGGGUUAGACACCUUCGCUACAGUCAAGCUUGAUGACAGCGUCAUCCUGGAGAGUGAUAACAUGUUCCUUGCUCAUCGUAUAGAUGUGACCAAGGCUCUGGAAGCAGACGGGGAUCAUGUGCUCGAAAUCAAAUUCGAUUGUGCUAUGCGCAGGGCGCGGGAGCUUCGAGCGAACGACACCAGUCACAACUGGGCUUCUUUUAAUGGAGACCCAGCAAGGAUGGCCGUGAGGAAAGCCCAAUAUCAUUGGGGCUGGGACUGGGGUCCCCUCUUGUCGACGGCGGGUAUCUGGCGGGAGGUGCGACUCGAGGUGUUUUCGGCCAGGGUCUCUGACCUUUGGACAGAGGUAGAGCUAGCGCCGGACCAUCAAACAGCCCAAAUUUCGGCUUUAGCUGAAGUGGAUGCUGCGGACUCGGGUGACACAUAUAAGGCUACCUUCGUACUCAGCCUCCAUGGCAAUGAGGUCGCUCGUAAGGUUGCUACGCCGAAGGAUAGGGUUGCCAGGGUGACAUUCGAUGUGAAGCAACCGUCUCUUUGGUGGCCCCACGGCUAUGGUGACCCUACCCUUUAUGAGAUCUAUGUGUCCUUGGAGACAGACAAGCAUGAGCUUCACAGUGUAUCCAAGAAGAUUGGUAUUCGAACUGCGGAACUUAUUCAACAACCCGACAAACACGGCAAGUCUUUUUUCUUCCGAAUCAAUGGAGUCGAUGUCUUCUGUGGUGGCUCGUGCUGGAUUCCUGCCGACAACCUCCUCCCCAGCAUCACUGCCGAACGGUAUCGCAAAUGGAUUGAGUUGAUGGUCGCCGGCCGUCAAGUGAUGAUCCGGGUGUGGGGCGGUGGCUGUUAUGAGGAUGAUAGUUUCUACCAAGCUUGUGACGAACUUGGUGUCCUGGUGUGGCAAGACUUCAUGUUUGGCUGUGGGAACUACCCAACGUGGCCUAAGCUACUAGAGUCCAUCGAAAAGGAAGCAAUCUAUAACGUGCGUCGACUGCGCCAUCACCCGUCAAUCGUGGUGUAUGUGGGGAACAAUGAAGACUACCAGGUGCAAGAGAGUGCCGGCCUUGUUUACGACUAUGAGGACAAGAACCCGGAGAACUGGCUCAAGACCGAUUUCCCGGCGCGCUACAUAUACGAGAAGCUACUACCCUCCGUGGUGGAGAAACUGUCCCCCAAGACAUUCUAUCAUCCCGGAAGCCCUUGGGGUGAUGGAAAGGUGACAUCCGAUCCUACAGUUGGCGAUAUGCAUCAGUGGAAUGUAUGGCAUGGGACUCAGGAAAAGUAUCAAAUUUUUGAUACUCUCGGAGGACGUUUCAACAGCGAAUUCGGGAUGGAAGCAUUCCCCCAUAUGUCCACGAUUGAUUAUUUUGUCGAAAAUGAGGCAGACAAGUAUCCUCAGUCACAUGUCCUCGACUUCCAUAACAAGGCCGACGGUCACGAGAGAAGGAUUGCCACAUACCUUGUCGAGAACCUAAGAACAGCCACAGAUCUGGAGACAUACGUUUAUCUCACCCAGGUCGUCCAGGCUGAAACAAUGAUGUUCGGAUACCGUGGAUGGCGCCGUCAGUGGGGUGAUGAGAGACAUUGCGGUGGCGCCCUACUUUGGCAACUCAAUGAUUGCUGGCCUACUAUCUCCUGGGCCAUUGUGGACUACUUCCUGAGGCCCAAGCCCGCAUUUUACGCCGUGGCGCGUGUGCUGAAGCCCAUUGCCAUAGGUGUGCAGAGAGAACACCAUGAUUGGAGUGUGACUCAUGCACAACCCCCAAAGACAAGCAAGUAUGAGCUCUGGAUUGCCAGCAGUCUACAAAAGGGGAGCAUUGGCACAAUAGAGCUUAGAUUCCUUUCCGUCAACACUGGACUUGACGUCCGCGAGCCUAUUGUGCGUGAAAAUGUCAAGAUUGUGUCGAACGGGACCACAAACAUUCUGGAAGGUAUUAUUGAUCACAAGGCACAGCCUGAGCCUCAUGUACUCGCAGCUCGGCUGUGGGUGGCCGGUGAGGUGGCUGCUCGCGAUGUGGAUUGGCCCCAACCGUUCAAAUACCUUGACUUGUCUGAUCGGGGACUAGAAGUGAAUAUGGUUUCAGAAUCUAGUAACGAGCAGAAGUUGCUGAUUACUGCGAAGAAGCCUGUCAAGUGCCUCGUCUUUGAAGAACGGGAUGGCGUCAGACUGAGUGACAGUGCCAUCGACAUCGUACCAGGGGAUGGGCAGACGAUUACCGUGACCGGUUUGAAUCCGGGCGAUGCGCCUUUGAAGUACAAGUAUCUUGGUCAGUGAUUUUAAGGGAUGUUUCUGCUAUAUUAUUGCGUCCCUAUGAAGUCAUUAUAUGAUGAUAUUACAGGGUGCAUACAUAUUGGACGGUGCAUACACUUAGAUGUUUAUGGUUGGAUAAAACCUCGCUGUAUAUACCUCACCCUCCAAGUAGAUUUGGCUCGGUGGCCCCACUUAUGAACUUCACUCAACAGCCUAAAGGUGUUAAUGAAUCCAAA